AUGCCUGAAACAACUCAAGUCAAAUCAGGAAGUGGUGAGAAAGGAAACACGUAUGAAAGCAGUCAUCCUUACCACUUAAACAAUUCAGACUCACCUGGUAUGACGCUGGUCAAUAAUGUUUUCGAUGGAAGAGGAUAUCCAGGUUGGAGAAGAUCCAUCCUCUUAUCUCUAUCAGCCAAGAAGAAACUUGGUUUCAUCAAUGGAACCUGCAAGGCUCCAGAACUGGAAUCUGCAGAGUUUGAACAAUGGAGUUGUGUUAACGACAUGAUUAUAUGUUGGAUAUCAAAUGCACUCUCUAAGGACAUUGCAGACAGUGUGAUGAGUUCCAAAACUGCUAAGGAACUUUGGGACAGUCUGGAGCAGAGGUUUGGCAAAUCAAAUGGUGCCAAACUCUACCACCUGCAAAAGGAAUUAACAAGUCUAAUACAAGGGAAUAGUGACAUUGCAGGAUACUUCACCAAACUUAAGAGACUGUGGGAUGAAUUGGAUGGGAUAAAUGUAAUUGUUUGUUGCUCAUGUCAAUGCACUUGUGAUGGUAAAGCAAAAUUAACAAAGUCACUAGAAGAUCAAAGGUUAAUUCAAUUCCUAAUGGGACUAAAUGAUGUAUAUGCUCAGGCAAGGGGAAAUAUACUUAUGAUGAAUCCUUUACCUGGAAUGGAUGUUGCAUAUUCAUUACUUUUGCAGGAUGAGAACCAAAGAGAAGUGUAUGCAAACACAAACUACAUCUCUGAUUCUGGAUCAUUUCUGGCAGCAAGUCAAGCAAAACAACAGGAUAACAAACUAAUUGCUGAGUUUGCAGCAUUCAUGGCCAAUAGACAGGGGAGAAAUACACAGAGAUUCAAGGACCAAGCAAUAAGAGGAACAGGCACAUACCAGAAGUAUGCCAAUCCAGGUCAGAACCAGAGAUAUGAUAAGCCACAGAACAGGUUUAAGGGAAAGAAGAAAUAUGAUCCAAACCUGUCAUGCACUUAUUGUGGAAAAACAGGGCAUGUGCAUGAUGAUUGCUACAGACUACAUGGAUUUCCUGCAGAUUUUGAGUUCACCAACUCCAGAAACUAUCAGCCUCAAAUUAAAGCAAAUGCAACCUUGACUCAGCAAGCAGAUGAAGACAUUAGGAGGACAGAUCCUGGAAUCAGUGAUAGAAAUUUUGAAGAACACUUUAGCAAAUAG